AUGGCUUUGCAAGUUGAAAACAUUGAAUCCCUUCUCAUGUCUUUGUUCGAGGAUAUCUUUGAGAUCUUUCGGACAAUCUCUCUGCUGAUUGGUAGUGGAACCGCAAACAAUGUGCUCUUCAGGCACCCACUAGGCACGAUCUUUCAGAGCAGACACACACCAUCUGAUCUCAGCAACUCCGUGCUCGGUUCAGAAAAAGAGGGUGGGUUUGUCCAACUCCCCUCAUUUGGAGCUCUUGAGUCUCAGCUUGGAAAGUACAACCCAAUCAUCGUUCAGCUGGCCGUGCUUACAAUGAAUCCCCAUCCCUCUGAAGACAACAUCACAGGAGCUAUUUGCAGCCUUUUACUGAGUUUUGGAGAUAAAGACUUAAAGCUGACCAACCUUUCAGGGAGUAUACAGAUCUUUUUGUCUCGCCCAAAUGCUACAGUACAGAUGAACAGAACUAUUGUGUUGGAGAAAAACACAGACGCUUUGACAUCAUUCAACGUCUCCGACACUAAUAUGACUAUCAUCAUUAGUGUGACUCCCAAUUCUGAUGUGCCAGUAAAUUUGAAGUUGUCAGCAGGAACGCCUCCUACCAAAACAUAUUUCAGCAAUGAGAUCACCUUGAACUAUACAGGAGACUAUCGCUGGUUCAUAACCCCAGAGAUGUUACAGCAAACUCCUGGAGUCUGGUAUGUUUCCUCCAGCGUCUCUGAUUCUUGGGAGCCAAACAUGACGCUGACGAUCACUUCCUUUACGACCAAGUGCUUUUACUGGGACAUAGUGACGGAGACAUGGAGCACUGAUGGCUGCUCUGUAGGGAACAAAAGCACUCCAUACCUAACCCAGUGCCUGUGUAACCACCUCACUAUCUUUGGGAGCUCCUUCUUUGUCAUGCCCAACCACGUGGAUAUAUCUCGCACGGCAGAGUUGUUUGCCACCGUGACUGAGAACUAUGUGGUUCUGGCCCUGCUGUGCUCUUUCUUUGGUCUCUACCUUAUCACUCUGCUGUGGGCCUGCUAUGCUGACCGCAGAGCAAGCUCUAAGAUGAAGAUGACUCUGCUGGAAGACAACCACCCAGGCGCUCAGUACAACUAUCUGAUCGGUGUCCAAACUGGCCAACGCAAGAAUGCUGGGACUACUGCCAACGUGACAGUGAAGCUGAUUGGCUCAGAGGGCGAGAGUGGCACGUACAACCUCACGGACCCUGAGAAGCCUGUGUUUGAGAGAGGAGCUUUCGAUAUAUUCCUGCUGGCCACACCCUUCCCACUGGGCGAAAUGCGAAACCUCCGGCUGCAGCAUGACAACUCUGGAGGUCACCCAUCAUGGUAUAUCAACAAGGUGACCAUCCAAGACCUCCAAACGCAACAGGUGUUUCACUUCUUUUGUGACUGUUGGCUGAGCACUGAGCAUGGAGACAAUAUGACCAAGAAAACCUUGAAUGCUGCAAAGAACAACGAGAUUGCCAGCUUCAGAAAUAUUUUCCACAGCAGAACAUCGACUGGCUUCAGAGACGAGCACAUCUGGGUUUCCAUAGUGGAUCCGCCCUCACGUAGUCCAUUCACUCGUGCCCAGAGGGUCUCCUGCUGCAUGAGCCUGCUGCUCUGCACCAUGGCCAUCAAUAUCGCCUUCUGGAACAUUCCUAUAGAUGAGGACUCAACAGUACUCUUCUCAAUUGGUUCUUUGAAAAUUACCUGGCAGGAACUCAUGGUGGGGGUACAGAGUGGUCUACUCAUGUUUCCAAUCAACAUCCUCAUCAUCACCAUCUUCAGAAGCAUCAAACCUCGCAUGCUAUCGAAAUCUAAAAAAGGAGACUCCGAGGAGAACGUGAAAUCCCCAGCAGUGACCGUAGCAGCCAUUCUAAAGGAUAUGGAGGAGGUGAUUAUUUCUGUGAGCAGUAGUCCUAGGAACAAGAUGCCAGAGAUGCAGAGACUGGAGACCACCACUGACCUCUCCCUUGCCUUGGACAGGGUGCAUGACUUCAUCCAACUUAUGCAAGGGGAGAGUGAGAGUGGUCCUCACUGGGUGUACUGCAGCAAGUUCAUCCUGGCUGCUCUCUGUCACCUCCUGACGUGCUUGGAAAAACUGGAUCAAAAGCACUUUCCGAGUGCAGAAGAAUACCAGCAGACCCUCAACACCACCAACCAUCUGGUUCGCAAGGCUGAGAUGGUCUUCACCAGCCAUUUGGCCUCCAGCCCGCUCCCUGUGGAGAAGAAGAAGAAGAGGUCGCGCAAUUUCCACUUACUUCACCCUGUUAUACGGCUUUUCGUACGGUAG